GUCUUCCGUUCCAUAUUUUUUUUCAGUCUGAAAGAAUAUCCGGAGUAGCCUUUCGCUGGUUUAGAACCUGCGCAAGGUAAAUGCAAAAACAGUUAAACGGUUUUUAUUCUCAUUUGCGUGCGAACGAUCAUCAAUAGAGAUGUACCAUGGCGGGCAAAGCGGCGGUGGCUUUCCGUUUGGGCCGAACGUAGUAAAUGAAUCGGGAACCUUUGGAAAUUGUGUCCUCUGUGGGUUAACUUUAAACCAUGAGCGAUAUCCCCAACUUCUUCCCUGUUUGCACUCUAUUUGUCAAGCAUGCCUGCCCCCAGUCAAUCCAGGGUUGCAGAAAGAUCUCUCUAUCUCUCCAGCAUGUCCGUCCUGUGACAUGCCAUUUACUAUUCUGGAAGUCAAAGAUAAUCUCUUUAUUAAGAACUCUUCCAACAAUCUCUGGACUGGUAAUGUCCAGUGUACCUGUUGUGAGGGGUUCGUGGCGAGUGGCUGGUGUGUGGAGUGUGGAGAGGCGCUGUGUUCAGAGUGUGUAUCUGCACACAGAAGAGUGAAGGUCACGAAGGACCACACUAUCCGGCUCCAACCCCCAACAGGAGUCUCCGCUCCCACAGUGUUUUGUCCCACACACAAACAUGAGCCAAUCAAGCUCUUCUGUUUGACCUGCGAUCAGCUGACCUGUCGAGACUGCCAACUAAUGGAUCACAGGAACCACAGUUUCCAGUUCCUCCAUGAGGCGAUGGCCAGCCAGAAAGAUCAGCUCCAGUCCCUGGUGCAGAGAGUGAGGCAGCAGAGAGUUGCAGUGAAGCAGAGCCUCCUGGACAUGGACGGCAGAUUGCUAGACAUAACACAACUAAAGUCAAAGCUGAGGGAGAGUCUGAAGAGAAUGCUUUUUGCUACUGUUCAACUCUUGAAAUCGAGAGCCACGUCGCUCUACAACAACAUAGAGACUAUGUGUAAUGCCGAGGUGGCAGGGAUCGAGACGAGACGGAGUGCACUAAACAAACUGGGGCAGAGACAGGACUAUGUUGCUGACUUUGCUGAGAAAGCCCUGAAUGUGGAGGACUUCUUUGCCCUGCUCUCCUGCAAAGGGCAGAUUGGAUCCCAGUUACAGCAUCUCUUGACUCAGAGUACUGAGCCCCCGGGGACCAUGCUUAAGUUACAGCUGGUGAUUACUGAUGACUUCAAGAAACAAAUAGCUUGCUUUGGUAAACUUUUGGGCGAUAUUGUUCCCUUUGCCCAAUCACAUGUUAGUCAAGACAAACCCCUGGAAAACCAAGAAAGACCCAAUGCUCCCUCUGGCCAGACCUCUUCCUGUGCUCCUAACAUGUCCAUCCAUUCUGUUCCCCCUCCACAUAACCCUGUCUUCCAGCCCCCACGCCCCUCUUACACUGCCCCAUCCAACCCCCACAGUCAGCCCUCCACCUCCCGUGAGCCUCCUCCUUAUCGCUCCCUGCCUGUCCACACCCCUUCAAGCCUUCCAUUGAGCCAUCCUGUGACACCCCAGCCCUGCACAUCUACACUAGCCCCAUCUCACCCCUCCCUGAAUAUACAUAAUCCACCAUUCUGUCUUCCAUCAAACCCUGUCCAGCCAUCACUUGUCCCUGCACUUCAUGUCCAGUCACCGUUGGUCCCCACAAACCAUGCCCAGCUAUCCCCUGUUCAGCCUCCAACCUCCCCAUCUCUCCAACCACUGAUCGAGGCCACACCUAGACUUUAUGGUAUGUUCAAGGCAACUCCUCCACCUGGACCUGGACGAUCUCGGAGAGGUAAGGAUGGAAAGUCCUGGACGUUCCACUCAUACUCACCCGGAGAGAUCUGCCACCCACCUUCUGGCUCCUCCUCUCCUGCAGCCGUAGCUCAGCGUCAGAAAAGGAACUUUCCAAAAUCGCAGCUACUGUGGAUCCUCCAUCAGCCUCCCUCUGUAAACCCUAUCCCUGUCCUCCCGGUGAAAGCCCUAGCAGACUCCCCCUGUGAUAGAAGCCUGCCUCCUACUGGUCUGGCAGACCCUGACCCAAACUCUCAGGCCAGGGAGAACGAGCCCACCUCUACUGUCACUGAGUUGGAGACUGACCCAGAGGCAGACAGUGCUAUGGAGUUGGAGGUCCCGUCAGCCUGGGGUGAUAGAAAGGCAGCUGCCUGCUCGGACAGUACUUCUUCAGAUCUGCAGUUCACAGGGACUUUGUCUACUGAGAGGACCUCUAAUCAUCUCUCUUACAGUGUCUUAACCCACACCCACCACCGCAAAGAAGAAACUGACACGGACCCUAACAGUAAACCCUAUUCUGUGGGUAGGACCCAUACUGCCCCCCACAACAAUAAAAAGAUAGCUUAUGACCAACAACAUGAGGAUGCUAAGGCUAUCAGGUCACUUCAUCGGCGUGUGAAUAACUGGAGAACUGAGCUGCCAACACGCAUUAGAGUGCUACUGGAGGGUCCCUCUCCACUCCCCACCAGGACAGGUUCGGUGGAGGGUCCCUCACCACUCUCCACCAGGACAGGUUCGGUGGAAGGUCCCUCUCCACUCCCCACCAGGACAGGUUCGGUGGAGGGUCCCUCUCCACUCCCCACCAGGACAGGUUCGGUGGUGGCCACUGAAAUGCCAACCAGGCAACCCAACACCACCCAGCCACCGAGCUUGACCAAUGGCAACAAUGUUAACAACUCAAGGUCCUGGCAGCCCAGGGUCUUGAUUUUUCGGCUACCCAUCUCCACCCCCACUCCUGGAUGCGCUCUUCCUCAGUUCCUGCUUGUCCAAGGGGCCAGCAAAGAUGAGAUUAUUCUGCAAGAGAUUGCAGAAGAACACCAGUCCCAUGGCGAUGACAUCACAACACCAGAGUCAGACAGCCUCCUCUGGACUAAGGCCCUGUCCUCCCCAGAGAGUCCCCCACUGCUCCAGUAUGUGACAUGUGUGGCCUGUCACACUGUUGGCGGUUCGCUAUUCUGUGUAGAGUGUGGGAGGGGCUACCACCAAGAUUGUCAUAUCCCACCCAUUGGUCCUUCCUUCUGGGAGGAGUGGAAGUGUUCACUUUGUCAGGACCUGGCUGACACCACAGACCCCUACAGUGAUGACAGGCACAGGACUAUGUGCCUCAGCCUAGCAGACCAGCGGAAAUGUGAGCAUCUCCUACUUUUUCUAAGGUGUGAGAAUGACAGAAACAUCCUUUGCAGCACGGCUGAGCCCCCCUCAGAUUCAAUAUGUCUUGACUCCAUACAUGGAAGGCUGCUACAACAUCGAUCACCCCCUUACCGUACCCCCUCCGAAUUUGUCUCUGACGUCUGGGUCCUUUUCGAAGCCAUGUUGAUGAACUCAAAGGACCAGGAGUUGGUUGUCAAGCUACGGGGCAGAUUUCAGAGGAAGUUAGGGGAAGUGUUUGGGACAGCUCUCCACCCCUCCCUCCUCAGCCACCCUAACAGCAGCUGGACUGAGACGGGGGAACCUAAGGAACCAACGGCUGCAGAGUCUCUGAAGAGUAUGAGGAAGUUGCUGAAUAGGAUCAAAGUGCCAAAAGCUAAGAAACAUCACUCCCAGGUCAGAGUUGAAACAGAUGAAAAUGAAACUAAUAAAAAAAAUGAAAAAGGAUGCAGACUGAAUAAUGGCCAUUGAAGUGGACACUCAGAAAUGCUAUGUUAGUCAAUUAUAUACAACUGAUAUUGUACUUUGUUUUAUUAAAUUAAAUACAAAAGG